AUGAAACGACCCAGGCGCCUCGAGCAGAUGGAACAAGCCCUUCGUACGGCCAACCGCAAGACAGACCACCACUUCAUUCAGGACUUUCUUCUCAUCCCCUACGUGCCAAGGGCGCCAUGGAACCCUGCCUGGACCAACCCGCGCACAGGAGAUGCCUACAGCCUCUGCCUCUGCCAGCCUCGGAAGACCAUGACCAGCCCCGAGCUGGAUGCUUGCUUCGCGCUCGUUCAAUCCACAAGCCAGAGUGACUAUGAAGGCUCCUCGCGCGGCUGGAAUCCAUCCGCCAAGAGAGAAGAGAUGUGGGAUCCGGAUCUGCGUUACAUCCUGGUCAAGGACUCGCACUUUGCCGUCCAGGGCUUCACCAGCCUGAUGCCCACCAUCGAGGAGGGGCAGCCAGUGAUCUACUGCUACGAGAUUCAUCUCAAGCCCGAGCUCCGUGGCACCGGCUUGGCGAAGCUGUUGAUCGAAUUGCUGGAGACGGUGGCCUAUAACAUCGACGUGGUCGAUAAGGUCAUGUUAACCGUUUUCACUUGCAACAAAAGGGCUCUUGAAUUCUACCUCAAGUGUGGUUUUGUGAGGGAUGGGAUAAGUCCCCAGCCAAGGAUGCUCAGGGGGGGGAAGGUGAAGAUGCCAGACUAUGAGAUCUUGAGCAAACGCAUUGAGCACCGACUACUUCCUGCUGCAAAGAGCACUUGCUCGAACGAUGUGACCGGCAAGACUGCGCCUUCUCAGGAGACCGAGGUUGAGAAAGGCGAUGGAGAGUCGACAGUGGCGUCUCCCAGGCCGGCUAAGAUCACGAAGCUCGACCGUGGUGAGAUAGGCCUGUGA